AUGCCCUUCCCGUUCAAACAUAGCAAUCGUUCAAAGCAGGCAUUGAACGAACCUGCUAUAGAAAGAGCGGCGGUCACUCCUUCAGCCUCGCACUCACAACAAUCCUUCUCAUCCGGUUCUGGCGAAGGUAGGUCCACAACAAUUCAACAACAAUCCUCCUCCACCACCACUACAGUUACCACCACACCAUCUCAACCCUUUGAACAGCCCUACGAACCUCGCAAUCCCGAAGCUGUAUCUCGUGCAUCUGCAUAUCAUAAUAAUUCUGGAGCGUCACCUUCCCGAGCUCGAGGCUUCCCCGCUUCCCCUUCUCCACCUGGCUCGUCCGUCGAUGAUUUAGUACUUGAUACUCAAAGGUUACAAAACCAGGGUCGCAGACACACAGCACACAUACAAUCACCCGUGGUAGAACCUAAGAAACGUAGUAUUUUUGAUCGUAUGCGAGGCGCAAAUUCAAGCCGCUCCUCUGAACAAAAGUACCCCCCAAUUGCUACCCAGGUCCCUUAUAGCAACAACGCUGGUGGACUCGCGCGCAGAUUGUCUCGAAGACACGAGGGCCCUCCUGUAAUACGAACUAGUCAACAAAGAAACUCGGUAGACCAACAUCAAAGAGCAGAUUGGCAACCUGCAGCUCAGGCUUCGAGAUCCCAUCUGCCAUCACCUCGAGAAACUCCCGAAGACGACGGGCUGGAUCCUUAUCUCAUCACGAGCCCUGAAGGGAACACACCACAAAGCGCUCAGAGUUCUUUGAACGUGCAUGGGCAACGACAACCUCUGAACACAAUUCGAGCUGUACAAAGCGAUUCUGAUUCACCUCUCUAUUCGGCAGAGUCGCAGAACGAUCCCCCCGAUCAACAAUUUCAGCAAUCACCUACUCCAGUAUAUUAUCAACAAUCUCCUUCAGGUGCUAGUCAAUACGAGUCGCCCGAGAGUUUUCCCAAGUUCCCCAACAGCCAAUACCCUCCGCAGGACUUCACUCCAGACAGCACCUCUACACAGCAACUCGAUUCUUCUUUGAUAUAUAGGGAAGAUCAUCGUCCCGGUUCGGUACAAUCUAAUAACCAAUCUCCGACAAGUAUUCACCAAUCCAACAGGGCAGAUUAUCCAGAGCGAACAACUUCAAUACAAGGGCCGAUUCCAGGCUUAUCUACAAAUCGUCCUUUGUCGCAACACCUUUCCAUGGCACCACAGUCCACUACAUCACAACAAAAUCGACGAUCUGCAGACUCAAAACAAACACUGCAAACUCAAAUGGCACAAUCAGAUGGGAGGGAUCCUCCGGCAUACCGCCAACAACAAUCAGGCCCUAGCAGUAAUAACAAUAACCAACCACCAGCGACAAGUUCACUCCCUCCUCAAAAUCAAGGUCCAAAUUACAGAGGAGGCCCUCUACAGCGAGAACAGUAUAAUCCUUCUGGUGGUGGAGACCAAGGACGAAGCACACCACCACCGGCACCUGGAGAUAGAGAUGUAAAUGAGGCAUACAAAGAGCUACUGCAGAAAUAUAAAAAGGUCAAGGGGCUGUAUUUUGACAAGACAGCAUCAGUGGAGCAAUUGCAAGGACAGGUCGAACAAUUACAAAACACUUUAGCAAAUCAACGUCUCUCCCAAUCUCGCACAUCCCUUGACGAUGGUGAGUAUCAAUCACGCUUCGUACGGUUAGAUGGUGCUAUUACCAAUCUUGCUUUCAAUAUUCGCAAGGAUUGGAGAACGGUACCUGCAUGGCUUGCACAAUCUGUCAAUCGUGAUGCGAUGUCAAUAGGAAAACAAGAGAUGACAGCUGUCGGUAGAGCUUGUAUCACAAGAUUUCUUGUUGAUGAAAUCUUCAACCGCAGCUUCCACCCAGGCUUGGAGAGUGAGCUCAGCUUGAGUUUGAAAAAUAUCGAACAAAACAUUCGUCUAUUCUCUCCUGCUAUCAACAACCAAGAAGAAUCCGAUGCCCUGACGGCAAAGAUCGUUCAGUGGAGAUUGGCAACUUUAGAGGGGCUGAAGGACCUGCUGAACUCUCCGGAAAGCGAAGAGUACAAGAAACAAUUCUCGAAAAUGGUCACCAGCAACCUGACGGCCAACUUAAUCAACUACCUUCAGGAACCAGUACCGGGUGGUAUUGAAGAAGCUGCGACAACCAUCGUUGAACAAGCAGUGAGCAUUGCAGCGAACAUUCCCUUGGAAAGCAGAGAUGUUGUAAUCAUGUAUCCGAUGCCAAACGAUUUGGUCAACCGCCAAUACAUGAAAAUUGAAGCUGGUAUUCCUGCAUUGGAACAUCCAGGCGCAGAAACUAAUAGUUUUGAUUCAAGUAGUGUGGGAAGUCACGAUAAGGAUGAGAGCUCGAAGGAGGAGCAAAAGGGACAUGGAAAGCUGAUGAAGGAAAAGAGUGGAAAGGGCCAGGGCAUGUUGUCAGCUAUGAUGGGCAGUGGUAGUAGUGGCGGAGCGGCGGGGAAGAAAAUGAGCAUUAGUAGUCAAGGUGGACAAGAAUCGAGUGAGAAAAUCAAGAGUGAAGACGGAGUUCACAAAGUACGCUUUGCUGGAUUCAUGGGCAUUGAUAUUAGGGGAAGACAGGUGCUGUGUCAGGCUCCGGUUUGGACGAUGGGAUAG